UCGUGAUGCGCGCGAUGAUGGAUUAUUGACACGACGUGCGUGAAAUUGGAUGCCGUACGCACUGGAUAAAGGGGCGCCCAUUUGGUGAAAGCCUCUCCACAGGAACCGAUAACGAUGUUCCUCCGUCCUACUCGUGGUAUUCUACGACUGUGAAGCGAACAACGGCGCCCCCAGUGCCAGAACCGUCUGAGGGGCAAGGUCCGUCAGCGACGAGAUGAGGCAACGAAGUGUAUGCAUGCAGAGACAGUUUGACAAGCGCGCAGGGGACGCGUAUCGCGGCGACAAACGCCCAGGUAUAAGCGAAUAUAUGUAUCAUCCCGCUGUGCCAGCAGUUACCAGAGCCAUCGCCAUACCUCGUCAUGCAGGCAACGCGUCCUCCUGCGCCCGAGUCUAUGUCGAAGACCCCUCGGCCCAUGGACGUGGCACAAACGGCACAGACAGCGGGCGUGAAACGCCGCAGGCAAUCGACGCGUCCGUCUCCGCCCAUUACCCUUCCUCUUCUCAGCAUCCAAUGCGCUGAGCACGACAUAGUUAACGUCCACGUCAUGGAUGUGCCCACCAUGGGGGAGGGCAAAGGCCUGACCUGGAUAGUUCAGUCGAGACCAGAGAUACAACUCGGGAAACGCCAACACGUCGUCCUCAAAACCAACGCGCAGCGGUCGGGCAUCGGGCGGCUCACGUCCGUCGCGGACCUGCGCCGGCACUGGGUCAUCUUCACCGUCUCCGGCGCGCCGCACUCGUGCAACCUGCGCGUGCCGAUCCCGUGGGCGGCGCUCGACGACCUCGAGAGCUUCACGCACUCCAAGUUCUACUUCACGCUCCCCGCGCUACCGCGCCCGCACGCGGAGUUCAGCAGCCCGAUAUUCACGAGCGACGAGGAGAACCCGUACGAGUUUGAGCUGGGCGAGAGGGCAGAGUCGCGGUCGGAGCGACUGAUUGCGCGCAUCACCAACGCUGACGCGGAUCGCCGCACGAGCCGCAGCAAGAUGACAGAAGGGCCGGAUGGUAGAAAAGGAGGCUCCGAGAGUGAUAGUUCAGGGCAUACGUCGAUGCGCAUUAUACCGGGAUCGCUGGCCGGUUGAAGGCUCAAGCUCGCUCUCAAGCUUUGGCGGGGCAAGGGCUGUGGUCACUGGUUUGCAUAAGCAGUAGAUCUGUGUGUUUUAUCACGUUAAAUACCUGGGACUGAGAAACGGUUGUUGGACUCGGUAGACAAACGGCCGGACGUACUGAUAGUGGGCCCAAGUCGUCGUUCAUGGUCCCGUGCGAUCAGUUGAUCUUUGAACCAGCGGGCUGAAGUGUGCAUCUUUACUGAGGUCGAUUGUGGUAUUAGAAUUCAGAUAUUGCAAGCAACGCGACCACGGACGUCUGGUCAAGCUUCAAGACUCAAGGAGGGACAGAAG